GGGGGCAGGGCUGGAGGAGGGGGCUGGAAAGCGGAAACUUUCCUAUAAAACUUGGAAAAGUCCCUCCUCCCCAACGUCAGGCCAAUGACACUGCUGCCCCCAAACUUUCCGCCUGUGCAGAGGUAUAAGAGUGGCCAAGUUUGCAGCUUUCGCCCAACUUCUCAGACACCUCGCGGGCUCGCCAGCACCGGCCGGGUUUCCAGGAGGCCAAGCCGGCUGUGCGGGCGGCCGCUGGGGCGCCGUCUUUUUUGGACCUCGGGGCCAUCCACACCGUCCCCUCCCCACCCCCUUCGCCCGCCUCUUGCCCGCCUCCUCCUCCGCCCGCGCGCGCGCGCGUCCUCCCCGCGGAGGUCCUCCCGCUCGCUCCUCCCGCUCGCAUCUCGCCGGGCCGCACCGCCCGGGGCCAGCGCCGUGCGCUGGGGAAGCUGGCGGGCUGAAGCGCCCCGCUCUGCUCCUCUCCUCCGGACCGCCUCCCACCCUGUGUGCCCCGGGCGCGCGAGGCCGCUCGUCGCCGCCCGAGAGAUGAUGCAGGACGUGUCCAGCUCGCCCGUCUCGCCGGCCGACGACAGCCUGAGCAACAGCGAGGAGGAACCGGACCGGCAGCAGCCGCCGAGCGGCAAGCGCGGGGGGCGCAAGCGGCGCAGCAGCCGGCGCAGCGCGGGCGGCGGCGCGGGGCCCGGCGGGGCCGCGGGCGGGGGCGUCGGAGGCGGCGAUGAGCCCGGCAGCCCGGCCCAGGGCAAGCGCGGCAAGAAGUCUGCGGGUUGCGGUGGCGGUGGUGGUGGCUCGGGAGGCGGCGGCGGCGGCAGCAGCAGCGGCGGCGGGAGCCCGCAGUCCUACGAAGAGCUGCAAACGCAGCGGGUCAUGGCCAACGUGCGGGAGCGCCAGCGCACGCAGUCGCUGAACGAGGCGUUCGCAGCGCUGCGCAAGAUCAUCCCCACGCUGCCCUCGGACAAGCUGAGCAAGAUCCAAACCCUCAAGCUGGCCGCCAGGUACAUCGACUUCCUCUACCAGGUCCUGCAGAGCGACGAGCUGGACUCCAAGAUGGCAAGCUGCAGCUACGUGGCCCACGAGCGACUCAGCUACGCCUUCUCUGUCUGGAGGAUGGAGGGGGCCUGGUCCAUGUCCGCGUCCCACUAGCAGGCGGAGCUCCCCACCCCCGCGGCAGGGCCGGAGACCUAGAUGUCCUUGCUUCCAGAGGAGGACAGGAUGGGCACUCUAGAGACUCUGGAGCUGGGUAACUAACACUUAACUGUAUCAGGCCAAAGAUUCUCUUGGACAUUAGAAGAGCGGAGAACCCAAAAUCAAAGCAGCAGGGCGUGGGGCGCACUCUUAAACAAGAAAACUUGAGACAGGCCGGUGGACAGCGCUGGCCACAAGGGCCGCGGCACCAUCCUCCACAUUCUGAUAUAAGUCUGAACCGUUAUUUGUGUUCCUUUGUGUGUUUUGGAUUUUUUUUUUUGGUGUUUUUUUUUUUUUUUUUUUGACGAAGAAUGUUUUUAUUUUUUUCAUGCAUGCAUUAUCGAGAGGUCGUGCCCAUCAGCCACUGGAAGAAAGGGGUUCACCACGGACUUUCCUCCAUUUUAAAAAAGGUCACCGUCAGUGGAGUUCUCAGAGCAUCGUUAGGAAUUUAAAUAUCUAUAAAUAUAUACUGGGAUCAAACUGGCCUGCGGAGAUCAGUCAGUGAAUUCCACUUUUUGUUGUUGUUCUUCCUCUGAGGGAAAAAAAACCUUAAAAUACAAAAAACAACAUUCUAUUUAUUUAUUGAGGACCCAUGGUAAAAAAAAAUGCAGAUAGAUCCGAUGUCUAAAUGCAUUCAUAUUUUUAUGAUUGUUUUUGUAAAUAAUCUUUGUAUAUUAUUUUUCUGCAAUAAAGAAAUAUGAUUGAAAAUUUUAAGAACUUUA